AUGUACAUUUCAAAAAAUAUGGCUCGCCCCAGCAUCAUCGUCUCCAUGCUCGUCCUGUCGCUCACCGGAACCGCACUCGGUAGAGCGCCCUUUUUUGGCCGGCAGCAACCACAUACGGCGACGGACUGCGCGCGCGUCGAUGGCCCGACCUCCUUGACCUGGCUUUUGCAAGAUCAACCCUUUGAACAGGAGGAUCCGUCCGCCUUCUUCUACGUCAAUCAAGAUAUUGACGCGUCAGGAAACAAGGCGAACAGAGUCGCGCAACUCGUCACCUUUGGCGGCGUUCAGGGAGAGCAAGGAUCGACCGAGUGCCGCCUCCUCUUCACCAUGCCCGAGGACUCGGAGAGCUGGGAGCUGAUCCAGCACGAGGGCGCCACCACGAUGCGCGUGUACCGCGUCCCCAGCCACGAGGGGGACGAAGUCAUUCAGCAGAAGCAGAAUCUUCUGGGCACCGUCCAGGUCAAGCCCGGAACGCAGUCCAUAGACCUCGGCCAGUGCGACGGCAGUGGCAGCUUCGUCUUUGAGCUUGGCGACGCAGGACGCAGUCGCGUCGCCUUCCGCCAGGCAUCCUAUCCGACAGAAGGCUUUGGCGUCUUCAUGGCUCACGCGUGCCCGAUCCCUAGGAGGACCGAGUCCGAGGACCUGUGA